UAAGUCUGAUAUAGCGCGGUGGAACCAAAAAUUCAAAUCCAACGCUCAACUUUUCCUCUUUCUUCUUCUUCUUCUUCUUCUUCGGCAUCUUCAUCAUUACAUAUCCAAGGUUUUGUAAUUUUCUUAUACAUGAAGUAUUCAAUAUUUGCUAUCUGAACCAAGUGAGAUAAGACAAUGGCCAAAUUUGUUGCUCCGGGACGCUUGAUCAUUAAAGAUGAAAACUUGAAUCCUCUUCACCCCAAAAAGGCCUUGUCGAAUGUCAAGUCAAAGAUUUCAAAGACAGAUGGAAAGAAAGGUGGUUCUGGGAUUACAGGUCGGAAGGCACUAAACGAUAUAACAAACAAAAAAUCAAUUCAACCUGAAGCCUCAUCUAAGAAAAAGAAUUUACCCAAGGAAGAUAUUAAUAUAAAGGAGGAAAUGUUCUCACAUAAUCACAGGAAGUGCAUUGAGGUCCAGAAAGCUGCAAUGAGAGAUUUCAAUCUAGAGGCUGUUCUACCUCCAGAUGAUGGCAUACCUAUUCUUGAGCAGAUAAAGGUUCCUGGUUCGCCUCAAUGCUACCCAGAACCAGUUGAAUUGCCGAUGUCCGAUUUUUCUGAUUGGUUGGACUAUCCAAGACAGUGGAAGUCUCCUCCAUCUUCUCCAUUAUCAUGUGAUUCUCUACCAUCCCCCUUAGCAUGGCGACAUGAAGCAGUGGAAUUUGUUCUGAAAGAAGAAAUUGAUGCCCAAGUGUAACCUACUAUUUUUCUGUUACCUAAUAGAAUAAGUUGGAUUUUAACUUUUGAAUAAUUUGUGUCUUUCUUGUACUGCAUAAACCAUGUCAGCAUGUUUGUUUAUUGAUCUUGUCAAUAUUAUUCUUUAGGUACAAAAGGCUACGAUAAUUGCAUGACCAAUUACAUCUCA